GCAGCCUGCAGGCGGGGCGGCGGGCGCCCCGGCCCGCGCCGGAAGCUGGGAGCCAGGGCUGAGUCCGGAAUGGCGCGCCAGGUGUCCAUUGCCUUCCGUGACCUGGCCGUGCAGUUCUCUGAGGAGGAGUGGCAGCUCCUGGGGGAGGGGCAGAGGGAGCUGUACAGGGACGUGAUGCAGGAGAACUACGAGGCGCUCGUCUCCCUGGGAACAGCCGAGCUGCUCCCCCUCUCUGCCUUCCUGUCUCCCACGGAGCCUGGUGGAGCCAUGAGCAGGAGCCAAGCUGGUGAGGGACGGGAGCUUCCUAGGGAAGGUGCCCCCGGAGGAGCACCCCAGCACAGCCUGCACCUCACCGCCCUUGUACAGCUGGUAAAGGAGAUUCCAGGGUUCCUGUUUGGGGAAGUCCGUCCCGAGAGCCGGGGAGCCAGCCUGGACGGAGAGUGGGUGAGCCCCGAGGCGGUGGCAGUGGAACCUUGCCCUCUCCGAGGCCUGCUCAGCUGCCUUCCGGACACGCCCGUCAGCCGGCCCGGCCUGGCCACCAUGUCCAGUGGCAGGUCAUCAUGCAGUGGUUCCCCCGGAGCUCGGGGGCAAGGAAGCCCCCUCCCCCUCAGAACUGCUAGCACACCGAGGCCUGCAGACGAGGAAGGCCUCGGAGCCCCAGGCCGGGAACGCAGCCCUCCCACCUGCAGCCCCCGCAGGAAGAGGAGCCACAGAACACAGGAGAGAGGGGCCUCGGGGGCAGGCCCCGCAGGAACCUCUCCUGGGAACAGCCCCUUGCAAGGCCUCAUCAACUGCCUGAAGGAAAUCCUGGUGCCUGGGCCCCAGCACCCUGAGGCGUCCCCGAGCUUACCACCUCCUGUCCCCAGCCUGGGCGCGUCACGGCUAACCAGGGUGGAGCUGGGGCCUGGGAGCCCGCCCUGGGGAGUGAAAACAGAGGCAGCAUCCGGGGACUGUCCCCUCCAGGGUCUGCUGAACUGUCUGAAGGACAUUCCAGCGGCCCAGGACACGCACCCCAGCCCCUCAGGAUCAGGGGACCCACGACUGCAGAAGGAUCCAGGAGCCUGGAAGAGGAAUUCUGGAGGUAAAGGUCCCUGGCUGGGCUGGGAGGGCCCUGGACGUCAUCCAUUCCAUCCUCUGCUCCCAGCAGGGCUGAGCCAAGAGUUCCAGAAGGAAGGCCCUGGCCCCGGUUCCAGCUCCAGCUCCAGCUCCAGCUUUAGCAGCUCAGAAGAAGACCUGAAGCUGGAGCCCAAGCUCUGGCAGGCGCUCCUGCAGGAGAGGGACCCUCUUCCCAGCAGCAAGGGUCCUGGCCCUCCGUCUCCACCCUCUGGUGGCACCCCUGCUGGCAGCAGCCCUGGUGAAGGCCUGGGGAGAGCAGAGCCCAGGGACCACUUCAGCCUCAGUGCAGGAAAAGCAGAAGCAAAGACCGGAGGCAGGUCCCAGUCGCCCAGGAGAGAAGUUGGCUUGGAGACCCCGGGCCAGCCUGGCCCCCUGGGCAGCACCCAAGGAGAGGCAGUUGGGAAUUUCAGCCCUGCCCCGCAGCCGGAGAAAGGGCCCAGGCUGGGGCCCUGCCAGCCUCCUGGGUCUGAACGUGGGCCCCUAUCCUGGAAGCCCAGGAUUAGUGAAGAAUCCGGGGGCCUCAGGCCUGGACACGGAGGACCAAGUGUGGCAGCCAGGACCGAAAGGAGGCCGCUUCCCAGGGGCCUGCCCGGGCUGCCCCCCGCCGCCGUUGUCCCUCCGGCGUUGCCACCUGCCUCCCCACGGCCACCGUGCCCCUGUGGGAGUUCUCUGCAGCAGGAGCUCCACAGCCUCAGCGCCACCCUCUCGGAGAAGUUGGAUCAGCUCGCCACAGCCCUGGCAGGUCUGUCUCAGGAAGUGGCCACCCUGAGGACCCAGGUGUCUCGGCUAGGGAGGCGCCCAUGGGGCCCUGGGCCAAAGGGCCAGGCUUCCUGGCCACGGGUCCUCCUCCGGGGACCUCACUGGGCUCAUGGUCCUGCUAACAGACACCUGCCCUACCGGAGACAGAAGGGCCCCACUAGACUGAAACCAAAGAGCCUACGAGGCCAGGCAGAAGGCUGCAGGGCUGGGGACACCUCCGGCCUCUCCCACGGGACAGCCCACCUGCUGCCUCAAUUGUCUCCAGACGCCAUCCCGGCAGAACCUCCUGAGUCCAGUUCCAGCCCUUCCCAGCAGCCCCCAUACUCAGCAUGCAGCCGAGCAAUGCUGACUGUGCACCCCCCACUUGGACACACUGGGGGCCACCAGAGCCCCCCUCCCCCUUCAGUGCCUGCUGCCUUUCCCCCCCAGAUGGCUUCUCCUGCCACCAGUUCAGAUGCAGAGCCACCGGCUGCAGCAGCUGCACCAACUGGGACCCGAAACUGGCCCAAGGAUCCAAAUGGCCUGUUGGCAGGGGUCCAGAGAGCCCGCAAGGAGGAACUGUGGGGUGGGGAACAUCGGAACCUGAGGUGGGGUGCCCCUAACCGCCUUCUUCAUCAGCUGAGUCCUGCUGAGAAAGCCUUGCCCCCAGCUGCCUCCCCUAGGGGCUGGCCUGCCCCCUCACCUCACUCCAGCCGAACCUUCCCCGUUUCUGGGCCAUGAAGGGCUGGGUGCCCCCCUUGGCCUGACUGCCCGGGUUCCAGGAUGCUGUUUAUUCACGGGGGCCACCAUUUGGGGUGCAUUCCUCAGCCACACCUCUGCCUCCUUGGCUCAGGUUCAUUCAGACGUCGUUCCCUUCUCAUCCUCCCCACCAGAACUGCCAGAGCUGGCAGGCGGGUGGUGACAUACACGCGUGUGCACAACACAUGUGCCCGAGGCGUCCUGAGCAGCUGCAGAGGCCCCUGAGAGCCCCUCUCCCUGACACCUGCCCUUUCUGAUCUCAGCGCUGAGAGGGUGAGGCUCUCGCCUUCCUGGUAAAUAUGAGCAUAGGUUUCAUUCGGGGAGAACUCUGCCCCUUGGUCUAGGCUGGAUUUUCUUAUGUGGCUUCUAGAAUUAAAGGACUUGGUUGCCUUGGCUCCACAGAAAGGGCUUGGUGGGGCCACACCAGGAUGUGGCUGAUUGGUUUGUUACUACUAGGGCCAAGGUGGCUUGGCCGCCUGCCCUCCCGAAACUCAAGAGACCUCAGCAGCCUCCCACAGGGCUGGGGAAGACUGGCUACAACACCAAGUUCCCAGAUGACUCUGGGGAAGAGUGGCACACUUAUUGUUCCUGGAGCCACAGUAACAAAGUGCCACAGAAUGGGCGGCUUAAGCAACAGGCAUCCACUCACAGUUCUGGACUCCUUGGCUUGUCGGUGGCCAUCUUCACGUUCACAUGGCGCUCUGCCUGUGUGUGUGUCUCCAAAUUUCUCCUUUGUAUAAGGACACCAGCCAUACUGGACUAGAGCCCACCCUAAUGACCUCAUUUUAACUUGACCCAUCAGGUCACAUUCUUAGGCACUGGGGGUUAGGGCUUCAGUAUGAAUUUGUGGGGACACUGUUCAACCCAUGACACAUGUAAGGAACUGGACUAGCCUUGGGUUCAUCUUGGGAAAAGAGCAUAACCAGGGUGUCUCCAGGCCAGAAUGGCUGGCUCUGGGCCCCACCCCUCAGGUGGCAUGUGGCAAUGUAUUGGGAAGCCUGCCUGCCACUUAACCACCUCGUUUCCUUCCCCAGGGUCAGACCUUUCCCCAAAAACUUACGUUCUCACCUGUGUCCUCAUUUGAUUUGAGGAGUCUUCGGGAAAUGUCUGUGUACACUUGUCGCCAGGAAGGACAGGCCUGGCAUGGGCUGGCACAGUCAGCUCUGCUAUCAGGAAACCUGUGGUGCCAUGCUGAGGCCCAGCAGGGGCUGGGGCCAUGACUGCACCAGCUGCGCCUUGUGGCUGGUGCUCCUGGUGUGGCUCUAAAACUCGGGUCACAGGAUAUAUAGGGCCUGGGCUGUGCUCUUUGCUGCCCCUAUGGAAGCAGCAGGGUGGAGGGGAAUGGGACCUACAAGACAGACUGUCACAAGGGGGGUUGGGGGGGUGUUAAACUGUUUUCAAAUAAGCAAUCCGCACAGCUAGCCAUACUCG